AGAUUGGUGAUGGAGGGAAAUCCUGUCACUCUACAUCCUGGUACUGCUAUACAGAAAGGUGAUGAGAUUCAGUGGCUGUUUGAUGAUAAAGAGCAGACUGUCCUGGCUGAAAUCAAGAACACAAAGGUGACUAAAUAUGAUGAUUGGAGAUUUGGAGACAGACUGGAGCUGAUGGAGACAGGCUCACUGACUAUCAAAAACUUAACAGCUGCACACAAUGGAUACUACACUCUGAAAAUCACAAGAGGCAGAGACAAAAUAUACAAAAGAUUCUACAUUUAUGCCAAAGAGUGGAAGAUAACAGUGAUGGAGGGAGAAUCUGUCACUCUAGAGCCUGCUUAUGAAAUAAAGAAAGAUGAUGUGAUUCAGUGUCUGUUUGGAGAUGAAGAGCAGCAGACUCUCAUAGCUGAAUUCAUUGGAAAGGCCAGAGAGAUCUUUAUAUAUGAUGAUGUUGCUGAUGAGAGAUUCAGAGACAUACUGGAGCUGGACGAGACGACUGGAUCUCUGACCAUCACAAACACCAGAACUGAACACUCUGGAGUCUAUAGACUACAGAUCAGAUCCAGCAGUGGGGUUUCAGAACAGACAUUUAUUGUCACUGUCAGAGAUAAAGUGGAGUGGAAAUUUCUGGAAGAAGAUUCUGUCACUCUAAAGCCUGAUACUAAAAUACAGAGAGAUGAUCAGGUCAUGAAGGUGAUCGGAGAUCAAGACAAGCUCAUAGCUCAAAUGAAAGGAGGGACAGUAGUAUAA